AAUGAAAAUCGGAAUCGUAUAACUGAGCCCAAACUUGUUGCAUGUGCUGGGGGCAUUGUCGGUGUAGUUGCAUUCGUGGUCCAAGUUGGAAUUACUGUUGUAGUUGGCGUGUUUGUGGUCGGUGUUGUUGUACAUGACGUGGAUGCGUUCGAUGUUGUUGUCGUUGAUGUGGAUGUGGUUGACGACGUUGUGGUUAUUGUGGACGUUGUUGAUGACGUCGUCGUAGUUACUGACGCGUCUGAUGAUGUCGUGGUUGUUGUGAUCGUGGUUGUUAUGGACGUCGUUGUUGUGGUUGAUGAUGUGUUGGUUGUUGUGAAUGUUGUUGUUGAUGUUGUGGCUGACGGGGAUGUGGUUGGUAUUGUUAUGAUUGUUGUGGUCGUGGUUGCUGAUGUUGUUGUGGUUGUGGAAGAGUUUGACGAUGACGUGUUUGUUGUAGACGUAGCAGUCGUUGACGGUGUUAUACAUGCUGUCGUUGUUUCAACAAUAGUUGUUGUUGUUGCGUCGUAUGGCGUAGCCGUUGUAUCAUAUGACAUGGUUGUUGUACCGUAUGGCGUAGUCGUUGUGUCAUACGACGUGGCCGUUGUAUCAUAUGGCACGGUCGUUGUGUCAUAUGACGUGGUCGUUGUGUCGUAUGGCGUGGUCGUUGUGUCGUAUGACGUGGUCGUUGUGUCAUAUGACGUGGUCGUUAUGUUAUAUGACAUGGUCGUUGUGUCGUCUGGCGCAGUCGUUGUGUCAUACGACAUGGUCGUUGUGCCGUAUGGCGUGGUCGUUGUGCCAUAUGACGUGGCCGUUGUGUCGUCUGGCGCAGUCGUUGUGUCAUACGACAUGGUCGUUGUGCCGCAUGGCGUAGUCGUUGUGUCAUAUGGCGUGGUCGUUGUGUCAUACGACAUGGUCGUUUUGCCGUAUGGCGUAGUCGUUGUGUCGUAUGGCUUGGUCGUUGUGUCAUAUGACGUGGCCGUUGUGUCGUAUUGCGUGGUCACUGUGUCGUGUGACGUGGUCGUUGUGUCGUAUGGCGUGGUCGUUGUGCCGUAUGGCGUGGUCGCCGUGUCAUAUGGCGUGGUCGUUGAAUCAUUUGGCACAGUCGUUGUGUCAUAUGGCGUAGCCGUCGUGUCAUAUGACGUGGUCGUUGUGACGUAUGGCGUGGUCGUUGUGUCAUAA